UUAAAAAUGAAUGAUAAUAAUCAUGAAACAUUCUUUUUUAAUAGGGCUUAAAAAAGAAGAAUACAUGAACAAGAUUAUGCACUCAAAGUUAUCUCACAUACAAAAGUUGAUAAAGAGACUAUUUAAUUAAGUGAAUCCUUGUUUAACGCUAAAAUUACUGCAAAAUAAUCAUCUUGUAUCAUAAGAGAUAUCUAAAGAAGUGUUUAAUAGAAAAUUAAAUUUUAUGAUGAAUAUUUGAAAAGCAGUGAUUCGUUUAGAAAAUAAACAGAUAGAAAAAGUUUAAGUCCAGAAAUUAUCAAACCUUAUGUAAUCUAAACAUAAUAAUAAUCCAAAAAUUAACUAAUAUCUGAAUAGAAAAACACUGAUUUACCUAGUCCUAUCAAAAAUAAUUAAUAAUUAAUAUAAACUCCAAAAAAAAGUCCUAAUCAACAAUAGUAAUCUCGAAAAUCUUUGAAAUAAAAUACUUAAAGUACUUCCCCAAACAAGAAACAAGCCAAUUCUUAAAAAAAAAAAAAAAUAACUAAUAAUUUCCCCCCUUAAAUUAAACAGAAAAGUAACUCCUAAUAUAUUCAUUAAAAAGAACGAUAAAGUUGCUAUUUAAAACUUUAGGUAAAGGAAUCAUAAAAGGAUAAGGAAGACAUUUUUAAUACCAAUAGACCCUAGACUGCAAGAGUGGCUGCAAUUUCAGAAAAAAAUGAAGAAUAGAAAAAAAAUCUAAAAAAUACAAUGGAUAACAAAUUAAAGAAAAAAUAAUAAUAAAAAGAAAUGGUUGAUACUUAAAAACCGAAAAUAAAUAAUUAAAGAAAUUCAAAAAAGUUUAAAAAAAGUGCAAGUAAAGAGUUUUAGACAGAAAUUAAAGAUUUGAUGCAUCUUAUUGAUAAUUAAAAUCAAGUUAAAAGUAAAUAAUGA